CCUCCCCUUUAAGCGGGUUGUUUAGUGCCCUCCGUCAGGAGGUAGGGACGGGGUGUGCGGCCCGGAUCGGCGCGGCGCGGCGGUUCCUAGCCGGUGUGUGCACGGGCGGCGCGGCGCAGCGAGGCGAGGAUGUCUGGCUGGGACCGGGAGAUGGGCUUCGGGCCCGGGGGCUCGGGUCGGGGCGGCGCGGGGGACGGGCGGAUCUACGUGGGGAACCUGCCGGCGGACGUGCGGGAGAAGGACCUGGAGGAGCUUUUCUACAAGUACGGCCGCAUCCGCGACAUCGAGCUCAAGAGCAAGCGCGGCCUAGUGCCCUUCGCCUUCGUGCGCUUCGAGGACCCGCGAGAUGCAGAAGAUGCAGUUUAUGGGAGAAAUGGUUAUGAUUAUGGUCAAUGCCGACUGCGUGUUGAGUUCCCCAGAUCCUCCCGAGGUCGGGGUGGAGGUUUUGGUGGGGGGCUGCGUGGGAGGAAUGGCCCUCCGUCACGACGUUCUGAAUUUCGAGUCCUUGUUUCAGGGCUUCCUCCGUCAGGCAGCUGGCAGGACCUGAAGGAUCAUAUGCGUGAAGCUGGUGAUGUUUGUUAUGCAGAUGUACAGAAAGAUGGAAUGGGUGUAGUUGAGUUUCUCCGCAAGGAAGAUAUGGACUACGCAUUGCGUAAACUGGAUGACACCAAAUUCCGCUCUCAUGAGGGUGAAACUUCCUAUAUCAGAGUCUGUCCCGAAAGAAGUACCAGCUAUGGCUACUCGCGGUCCCGUUCUGGUUCAAGGGGUCGUGAUUCUCCAUACCAAAGCAGGGGAUCACCACGCUACUCAUCCCCCUUCAGGCCAUACUGAUUGCAUCCAACAAGGACUUUUUAAAAAUGUGAACUGAGCCUCUUUUUUGCUCGGAAGUUACAUUCCAAGACUGAUGGAUAUAGUCUUUCGUAGGAGCUCUUUGUUUUUCCCUUUUAUUAAAUAAAAAUCUUUUUUUUAACGAC